GCAAAUCCCUCUGGUUGUUCCCCAGAUAGACUCAAGGCCAGCCCAGAGUGGCUAAGAGCAAAGCAAACAACCUUAUCGUGGAAGUGUGGGGCCCCGAUUAUAAAAGAGAAGUCACUUGCAUCCUCUCCUCACUCAAGAUGAAACUCCUUCUGCUGAUCACUCUGCUCGCAGCAGGCGCUACUGCACACAGCAUCACCCGUCGGGCUUUGUGGCAGUUCCGCAAUGUGAUCAAGUGCACCAUCCCCGGGAGCAAUCCCCUGUUGGAAUACAACAACUAUGGCUGCUACUGUGGCUUGGGUGGCUCAGGCACCCCGGUGGAUGAACUGGACAGGUGCUGUCAGACUCAUGAUAACUGCUACACACAGGCGAAGAAGCUGAAGGACUGCAAAGUCCUCAUCGACAACCCCUACACCAACUCAUACUCAUUCACGUGCUCCGGGAACGUGGUCACCUGCAGUGCCAAAAACAAUGCCUGUGAGGACUUCAUCUGCAACUGUGACCGUGAGGCCGCCAUCUGCUUCUCCAAGGCUCCAUACAACAAGGAGAACAAAGGAAUUAAUACACAGCGGGAAUGCUUUGAGUCCAGUACUUUUAGGGACAAGAUAUUCCUUUAG